UUUUUUUUUCUCCCUUCUCAACAACCCGAAAAGCAUCUUGCAUACAUAUAUUUUUUUUUAUAUACAUUUCCUCCCUUCCUUUUCUUUUCUUUUCUUUUCCUUUCCUUCCCCUUUCCCUUCCCUGCCGACAUAGUUUAUUUAUAUUUUUAAAUCACCUAAAUCAAUCAGCCAGUGAGACCAGCCAUGGGAACAAAUCAAUCUUCAUCGCGUUCCUCCAAAGAUUCCGCUGGAGGACAUGGUCAAUAUCAGAUCCACAGUAGUGGAAGUGGUCAUGGCAAAUACUCCUCACGUAACAGCAGUGGAACACAUUUGGAUCGACCCCAUAAUGGUUCCUCCCCUUUUAUCCCCGGCAACCACAGCAAUAAUAGUUCUUCCCUUCAAAAGGCUUUAAGCAGAAGAAGAUCGUCCAAUCGAACGAUCGAGACUAGUUCCAGUCAUGGUUCCAUUUCCCUAAACAACAACAGCAGUGAUCAUUAUCGCCAACAUCAUCACAGCGAUCUACCUAGUCAUCAAGAAGAGGGAGAGGAUGAUUUCAAGUACUAUCAUGGUCGUCGAUACCACAAUACCUCUAGUCUGUACAUGUUGCCAAACGAUUCUCAAGAAGUUGACAGACUUCAUCUUCAGCAUUACAUCUACAAGGUUGCUUUGGACAAGAACAUUCACGUUCCCAUUCCCGAGAAUGGACGCGUCAUGGAUUUCGGCUGUGGACCGGCGACUUGGACAAUGGAUAUGGCUACGGAAAUGUCGACUAUCAACUUUGUGGGCGUUGAUAUCUCACCCAUCUACCCUACAGCGAUUUAUCCCCGCAACUGUAAUUUCUACAACGAAGAUAUCCUCCAGGGCGUUUCGCAACCCGACAAUGUCUUUGACGUGGUCUUUCAACGGAACCUGACCUGUGGCUUCACUUUUGAGCAUUGGCAAAAGGCAAUGAAUGAAGCCUACCGAAUUCUGAAGCCCGGUGGAUAUUAUGAAUGCGUGGAGACAGAUGUGGCAGUUCAGAAUGCAGGACCUCAGACAAACUUGGUCUUCGAACAUCUGAGGGUCUCGAUGGCCGCUAGAGGAGUGGACCCAUCGAUUGUGCGGUCGCUGGAUCGAUUGCUCGCAGCUGCUGGGUUCACAGAGGUGCAUGUGAAGGAAUACACGAUCCCCGUAGGAGAGUGGGGUGAUAAAGUAGGCCAGUUGUGGAAACAAAACAUGUUCCAGGUCCUCGACACGGUGAAACCUCAUCUGGCCAAGGCUGCUAGGAUCAGUGAGGGACAGGUUCAGGAGGUUGUGAAUGCGAUGCAUCAGGAGACUGCUCAGUACCGAUCUAGUCAAAUUGUCUAUGUUGCUUAUGGCAGGAAGCCACUGUGA